CUUCAGCUCAUGAUCUUCCCUCUCAUCUUAUGCCUGGACCUUAUCCCAAGACACCAGAAGAAAUGGCAGCUGCUGCCAAGAAAUAUAAUUUGCCAUUGGCGGACUAUAAACCCUACCCAGAUGAAGGAAUGGGCUUUGGAGACUAUCCAAUGCUUCCUGAAAAGUCUCAGGAAGAAAGAGACCCAUGGUACACAUGGGACCAUUCUGAUUUUAGGAGAAACUGGGGAGAGACGUUGCACUGGGACUUUGAUAAGUACCUCCGGAACCGAGUUGAUACUUCGCCAUGUAAUGUGCCCUUUGAUUGGAUGGUUAAAUUGGUCUUUGGGUUCUUUGCCGUUAUGGGAUUUUUGUUCUACCUUGGAGAAAAGUUUCCAUCGUAUCAGCCUAUUGCUCCCAAGCAGUAUCCAUACAACAACCUGUACUUGGAGCGUGGUGGGGAUCCUGCUAAAGCACCUGCUGAAGUCAAAAACUAUAUCUUCAAAUAGAUUGGUAGAAUUUAAUUCCUGCUGUACACCCGGUCUUACGAAUGCAAUAAAGUGGGACUCUAA